AUGCCAGGAAUCGGAGACGGAUCUCUCCGCGCUUCAGCGGCUCCGGCUGGUGCACUGCGCCAGCCAGGUGCCUCAGCCUGGAUUGCAGCCGCAGCCACUGGUCAGACAGUCGCAGCCGUGGGUCAGGCAUGUCCAGCAACUGGUGUACCAUCAGCAUCGGCGGGCCACACAACGGCAGCAGGCGGGGUUCCUGAUGGAGCCGCGAGUUUAGGGGGUGGAGCGGCCAAUGUUCCAGCUACUGCCGCGGGACCGCCAGGUGGAUCAAUGGGUGUUCAGCCUCCUGCAGGCCAUGGUGUUCAGUCAGCGGCCGCAUCACAGACAGGUGCUGUCAGCGUAGCACCGACGCCUGCUCAUGCGCAGAAAGACGCGACCGCGUGGGAUCCAGUGUCAUACGCGCCCGGACCGACUGUCAGGCCCACCGGCGUAGACGCACGGGCUCAAGCACCAACGGUGCGGCCUUUCGUAGCAGCAGUGGUCCAGCCCAGAAACGAUGCAUGGGACCUACUGGAACCCCCGACGGAGCUCACAAUGUUUCACCGAGGUGUGCAAGUACAGGGUGCUCAAUGGUCGGAUGCAGCGGCUGAUACUGCAAGGGCACCUGUUCCUCAUAGGGGAUCGUCUGUAUUGUCAUCGGGGGAACCUUUCUUCGCCCCCUCUGCCUUUCCCCCCCAAGCGCAUAUUCAUGGUGUACGCGCCCCAGCUGCGGUGGGGUUUGCGCAGCAGGCCGGUGCUGUUCCGCCGGCCGCCUCAGCAUCCGCCGCACAUUCAUGGCCGAUUGGCCGUGCACAACAACCUCCCAACGCUGUUUACCCCGGAUCUGGGCAGCCAAACGACAUCGUGCAACUGCCACUGUCGACUCUUCGUCCCCCGCGGCAGGAGCCUGCUACAUUCCUCGCCACUGAUGAGGUGCUCGACACUACCAGCUGCCACCGUGGUCAAGCAUCCGAGUCACGUGGUUUGGGCUACGCAACCAUGCACGCCGGUUUCAUGCAGGGGUCCCGACAAGUGCUGCCAUCGCCGGCCGCCUCAUCAUCUAUGGUUCCCACGGCCCAGGGAGCGGAGAACGGUGAGGUGCCCAGCACCAAGGGGUGGACGGGCGUCACAAAGAAGCUGGACAAGGACGAGUGGAUCAGUAGGAUAAUCCUAGACCGUGCAUCAACGUCGCUGAUCGUCAUCAACAGCCACUUUGAAUCAGAGGAUGAGGCGGCAAGGUCAAUCGCAGCUGCGUCGCACGUGAUGUUCGUAGACAAGCCAACGCGUGGGGACCUCAUUCCCUUGACCGCCGCCGACAAAGAGAAGCUCAGAGGGUGCACGAGGCACCAGUGUGAGGUGAUGGUCCGGAUGAAGUUCUGGCACAUGUUGGAGGAGUGGAGGAAUUAUUGGCCUGAGGCGAAGGCUAAGUGGGACGCGAAAAUGCGCAAAAUCGAGGAAAAGAGAGCUGCAAUAACGGCAAGCUUGCGGGAGGAUGAUGGUCGGGCCAACAAAAGGGCACGAGGUGAAGCUGAAGGAAACGCCGGGGGUGACCGUGCGUCCCGCCAAGUGGGGUCGGGAUCACAAGAUGCAUAG